UAAAAUAAAAAAAAAAAAAAAACAUUUUAUAUAGAAAGUGCUGAUUUUAUCAAUGAACAGAAAUUUGUUGAAAUAUCAAAUAAGUUUUGUCCAAUAAAAAAAGCGACCGAUGUUCCUUGUUUUUGUUAAUUGCUUAACAAUUAAUUCCCGCUCUCUGAACGAAGGUAAUUCUAACCCCCAAAGUUCGGUCAGGAAGUUUUAGGAAAAAUGUCAUUCUGUUUGAUUUGUUGCAACUCUCUGCUGUAUUGUGCAACUAUUUUAAUUUUCACGGUUGUGAUGUACGCGCCAAAAAAACUCGAACAAGUAUGUUUUUGUUGAAAAUUGGAACAAGACGAAUUUCGAAGAAAUCAAAUAAAAACAGAGAAAACAAAUAUUGUUCCGUGUGUUUUGAAUGUACAGACCGGAAACUUCCAAGAUGAGUAUCGAUAAGUUAAUUAAAAGGAAGCAACACGCCAAACGUGAUAACAAUCUGUCUCAGUUGGCAGAAAUCACAAAAGCUCUCGGGGAUAUGUACUUCGAAACUGAACAACCGAGGAAAGCUCUGCAGGAAUAUGCGGAGCAACUGAGCAUCUGCGAGAAGCUGGGUGACAAGUUAAAUUGUGCGGUAGCGCACAGAAUGAUUGGUGAGAUUUAUGCGAGUCUGGGAGAUUACGAGCAAGCUCUGAUACAUCAAAAUCUGCAUCUGGAAGGUGCCAGAGACAUGAGAGAUCUGGUGGAAGAACAACGCGCAUUCGCGACCUUGGGCAGAACUUACUUCUGCCAGGCCGAAAGUUUGGUCACUCAGUUACAAAAACGCGACGAGGCUUUAGCAAAUGCAAAAGCAGCUUAUGUAAAGAGCAUGGAGUUGUGUGACAAGCUGGAAGGAACUGGAAUCAAGAUGGAAGAAAAACUGCUAAUGCGGGCAAGAUUACUUCUUAACUUGGGAUUAACAUUAGAAACGCAAAAAGAGACGCAACAAGCCAUCACCUUGAUUGAGCAAGCGGCCGCGUUGUGUCUAGCGAACAAUUUUCAGGAGGAUUUGCAUCGAACAUGUUUGUCUCUAGCAGGUAUAUACGAACGUCUAGGUAAUCACGAGUUGGUGUUACAGUAUAUUGAAACGGCGAGUACUGUUGGCGAUGUGCGCCUGAAAGCUGAGGCGAAACUGACCAAGGCUGAAUUUUACAUGCGAACUGGACAGUGGAUUGAAACACGUAAAAUACUGAUUUCCUUGUAUACAAGUAGCGGACUGUCGAGAGAUAUUAAUAAUCAGGUAGAAAAGUAUCUAAGAAUUAUCGUGACUCUGUGCCGAGCUGAAAAUAAUCUUCUUGUAGAAACUGAUACUCGUUCCAAGCAAAAGCUUUACGAAACUUUAGGGGACGCAGCAGUCGCCGCGCAAUGCUUUGACAAAGCUGUGGAAUAUUAUCGUCAAAUGUUGAUUUGCGCGGAAAAAACGGGCGAUCAAAUAGGUAUCUCUUUGGAAAGCUUAGCGCAAACGCUCAAGGAUGCGGGACGGCACAAAGAAGCGCUGACUUACGCACAAAGAGAAUUCGAACUUUGCACGAGUCCUCAAGAGAGAUGCAGAUCGGCAUUAUUUCUAGCGGAUUUGCUGAUAACGACAAACGCAUCUGACCAAGAGAUUCGAAACUAUUAUACCUUAGCGCUCGCUUCAGCCAAGGAAAGCAACAGUAUUAAGUUGCAAAAAUCUGUUACGAAAGAUUUCGUUAUCUAUUUGGAAAAUAUAAACAAUUUCAAUGAGGCGAAAGAUGUAAGAGAGGAAGCGGGAUUGGAAGAACUGAGCGAUACGGAAAGCGAGACGUCGUUCGAAGAAAGCGACACAAUCGGUGCGGAUAUCUGUCUCGAAGAUUUGUCCGAUCUGGAAGAAAACACCAAGGGAACGAGUAGUGUAACCAAGAGGCGAACAAAGAGACCAUCCAUUUUGAAGAAGAAUGAAAAAGGCGAAACGCAACUACAAGUAGCGUGUAUUAACGGCGAUAUUAACACGGUUCAGAGACUUUUGUCGUCCGGUCACCCCGUAAAUGUUCGAGACAACGCCGGUUGGUCUCCCCUUCACGAGGCUGCGAAUUACGGUUAUGUGGAUAUCGCGGAGUUGCUUAUCAAGUCUGGCGCGAACAUAAACGACAAUGUACCUUGCAGGGGCAUGACGCCUCUUCACGACGCAGCGUUGUGCGGACAUUUUUCAGUGAUGAAUCUUCUGAUGGAGCACGGAGCAGACGUGACGCUUAAAACUCAUGACGGCGACACGGUGCUCGAUUAUUUGGAAGACUGGAGAGAUCGCGUAGAAGACUUAAAUCCCGAAGACCUGGCGGAAUAUGAUAUAAUGCAUAAAAAGCUUUCUGCUGUUAUCUUAACGAAAAGGAAGAAGAAAAAAUACGACGGUGUCCGGACGUUGGACAAAAAGUCUUCUGAGGUUCGAGAAAUAUCUGCCGGUGAAGAUUACAAGAGAACGAUAGCGCAUCUAAGAACUUUCAACAAGACCAAGCCGGUCUCUCGGUUUAAAAGCGACGAUGCAAUCGCACUUCCUUUUUUAGUGAACGAGGAGCAAGUUCUAAUCGAUGACUGGCUCGAGGACGACAUUGGGAUCACAACGAAGAAAAAAUCUGCCUCGAACGUUCACGGUAUCACAACGAAGAGAAGAUCCGCGGACGAGAACAUGGAGAAGAAAUCCACCUCGAACUCUCAUGGCGUUACGACGAAAAGAAAAUCCGCAGAUGGAAGUACAGAGAACGCCGCGAAGAAGAUGAAACGAAACAACAGCUUUUCCAAUAGCACAGAGAAUAUUUUUAUUAGUGAUGACAGUUAUGACAGCGCUAUCAUCGAAACUGCUUCGUUUGCUGAAGAACCCACAAGAACUAAAAGAAAACAACAAACAUCUUUGUUGACGAGUGGAUUCACCAAGUCGCGCACACCAUCUCCGUCCGUUUUGCAUAUCGCAAAUUCCAAACAGUACAACAAAGAACAUGUAAAUUUACACAUACUCGUCAAAGACACGGCACUUGAUGUAAAGGUAGCAGUUUGCGAGGACGAGAAGGAAUUUUUAUCACGCGUCACGUCAGCCGUCGAAAGCAAGUUCUUCGAUGAAACCGGUUGUACGGUUAAAUUACAGUUGCGACCAACAAAUGGAAACAUCGUGACAAGAGAUUACAUUGUAAACAUUGCGAGUGAAAUGAAUGACAGAUUAGAAUGCGAAAUAGUUGAAUUACAGAUACCGCCUAUUGUCGAGAGAUACAAAACUAUCUGUCGCACCUGUAAUUUAACUCCCUGCGACAGUAUGUUGAAGUGUUUGAAAUCCUGCGAGAACACGUCAAUAUUUCGCGCGAAACCCGACGAUAUCAGCGAAGAGAUACUCGUAUCGUUGUUGAAAACUUUAGAAUACGAAAAGAACAUCAAGCUGCUGCAAUUGUCCGACAUCGUAUUGCUAAAAGCGGGAACGAAUUUGUAUCGAUGUCUGUCGAACCUCUCGUUUCUGCAAGAGCUCUAUCUGAAAGGCUGCGACAUUGACUCAGCUUGUUUGCGCAAAAUCAACUCGUUGCCACCUCAGUUACGGAUCUUGGAUCUGAGUUACAAUCCACUGACUUCAAAGAGUUGCGACACCCUUCGAACGCUAAUUGCGCCUUUGAGAUUCUUGCAAACUCUUAAUUUACGUUACUGCCAGUUGGACGAUUUUUGUUUUCCAUCUGGCAAUCCAAAUUUAACGAGUUACGAUAUUUCGUGGAACAAACUGAGCCGGGAUACAACGAGUUCUAUUUUGAGCAAACAACUGUUCGACCUGAAUUUAUCCAAUACUCUGUCUUCCAAUCAGUUUAUUUCCAGUUUGAAUAUAACUCUGUCACCGAGUUUAGAAUUUUUAGAUCUCUCGUUCUGUGACAUAACAGACGACGAUGUGAAAAUUAUUUUAACGCAGCUGCCUAGACUGUCGAAAUUAACACUUCGUGGAAAUACAAGUGUAUCUUUGUUGUCUGUGAACAUGUUGCUGAGCCGUCAUCCAACAUUGACUCACAUCGAUGUUACGGGUUGUGAAUGUAUUGCAAGUAAUCCAGAAGCGGGAUUAGUCAUACAUAGUCCAGAAAUUUGCACAUUAGUGGCUAGCGUAGAACCCGAUUUGUGUGAUUCGUGGAUUAAACUGUGGCGCGGUACAGGAAUUGUAACGAAACUGCCUCAUAAGUUAGCGAUUUUUAAACCGAUGUCUUUCUGCGGAUAACAAUAUCCAUAAAAAAUGUA